ACUAAGCAUUAGAAGAAAGAAAGCAAAUAAAAAAUAAUUAGUCAUCGGUAAGUGGAAGAUUUCCCCAAAGAAGACGUCUUGAGAUUGGAAUUAUCCAAACGUGGCUGCUCUAUUUUCCUCUCUCACUUAACCCAAUGAUAUACAGACCCCAACCAUCGUAUCAUCGUCAAAAUCCCAGGUGGGUUUGGUUCAAACUUCGCUGUAAUUCGAGUUGCACAAAGGGAAAUUCAAUACAUUCUUCUCGCAUUUCUGAUUUUGGGGGGAUUGAUCAAUCAGUUGGAUUUCACUUGGAGGAUGCUGCUGACCUGACUGGAAAUACCGUGAUUCGUUCGACAAGAGUAAGUGGGCAAGCAGUUGCAUCCUAUGCCCUUCAUAUUGGCACUUCCGAUAAGUCACCAAGUUCACUUGAUAUAAAUCCAUUUGCUUUCCAAGUGGAGCAUCAGAGGUUGCCAUUAGAAAAGGGUCAACCAUCAAAUCAGGUUUCUAUAUCAAGCGGUCAUCUAGAGAACAGGGAAGAGCCUGCAAUGGCUGAUGCAAGUCCCGGGACUGAUAUCUCAACAGAUGUGGAUACAGAUGACAAGAAUCAGAGGUUUGAUGGCCAAUCUCUUGGUAAUGUAGCUUCUGAUUCCAGUGACAGAUCAAAGGAUAAAUCAGAUCAGAAGACUCUCCGCAGGCUUGCUCAAAAUCGGGAGGCUGCAAGAAAAAGCCGAUUGAGGAAAAAAGCAUAUGUCCAACAGCUGGAGAGUAGUCGUUUGAAGCUGACCCAACUAGAGCAGGAGCUUCAACGAGCAAGACAGCAGGGAAUUUUCAUAUCAAGCUCGGGAGACCAAGCCCAUUCAAUGAGUGGAAAUGGGGCAAUGGCAUUUGAUGUAGAAUAUGGGCGGUGGCUGGAAGAGCAAAAUCGGCAAAUUAAUGAACUGAGAUCAGCAGUCAAUUCUCAUGCAAGUGAUACGGAGCUACGAAUUAUUGUUGAUAAUAUCUUGGCACACUACGAUGAGAUUUUUAGGCAGAAGGGCAUCGCAGCUAAGGCUGAUGUUUUCCAUUUGUUGUCUGGCAUGUGGAAAACACCUGCUGAGAGGUGUUUCUUGUGGCUUGGUGGGGUCCGAUCUUCUGAGCUCUUGAAGCUUCUUCUGAAUCAAUUGGAGCCUCUAACAGAGCAGCAACUAGUAGGCAUUACCAACUUGCAGCAGUCUUCGCAACAGGCGGAAGAUGCAUUAUCUCAAGGGAUGGAGGCAUUGCAACAAUCCCUUUCUGAGACACUAUCCAGUGGGUCUCUUGGUUCCUCAGGUUCAUCUGGGAACGUUGCAAACUACAUGGGACAAAUGGCAAUGGCCAUGGGGAAGCUAGGGACCCUUGAGGGGUUCAUUCGCCAGGCUGACAAUCUCCGGCAACAAACGCUGCAACAAAUGCACCGGAUAUUGACAACACGCCAAUCAGCCCGUGCUCUCCUUGCAAUACAUGACUAUUUCUCCCGGCUACGUGCUCUUAGUUCCCUCUGGCUUGCCCGCCCAAGAGAGUGAACACCUUCUGCUUCACCAACGCUGACUGGUAAAAUUAUGGAUCCUGAAAAAUGAAAAAAAAAAGAGAAAAAUCUCACUACAAUUGACUCUCUGAUCCAGUACUGGGGAUAUACUCGGCCAUCAUUACAGUUUUUCUUUUCUAGAAUUUUCCUGUGUUGUAGUCUUAGAACUCCUGCCUAUCAUUGAUAUUAGUGUUCCGUUGUCCAUCAUGUUCACAAUCAUAUCAUCUAGAAAUGGUAUGGUCGGAUCGGAUGAGCUGCAUGUAUCUUGUUUGUUGUCAAUAAUAAUGUUAUUGUUUAAUUCCAUGUAACCGAGCAUUUUCAAAUGAGUAUGAAGUAGUCUUGAGCCAUGACCAGUUUGACUGCUUUCUAUUGAUGAGACUCAAUUUGGUUUCAAUAAAAUUGGGAUAUUCGUGUUUCUGUUA